GAAAAGCGAGCCGGAAGGAGCGUCAAGCGUGCUACCGCCUCCGACACAAACACAUCAGUUCAUCAGAGUUAUCAACAUCAAGGCUAUUCUGGAUUAACAUCCUCGUCCAAAACAAGCUAGGAUGAGCGUCUCCUCCUCGCCCGCCCCGCGGUGGACCCCCUCCCUGAAGCACGUCAGCAGGGGCGUGUCCCCGGCGUCCUGCAGCACCCCACUGCUGGCGGCCUUCCACAUCAACGACGACGAGAAGGAGCGGCGACAGCGAAGGAGGUCAAGGGUCAUCGACCUCCAGUCCGCCGGCGACUCCUCGUUCAACGACUCUGCGUCCCACAGUGCCACGGGAACCCCCGCUUCUAUUCCCAAGUUGUCGAACGCACAGAUUUCGGAGCACUACUCGACCUGCAUCAAGCUGUCCACUGAGAAUAAAAUCACCACAAAGAACGCCUUCGGCCUUCACCUGAUCGACUACAUGGCCGAUAUCCUCAAGCAGAAGGACUCGGAGAUCACCAACUUUAAGGUGGCCGCGGGAACGCUGGACGCCAGUACGAAGAUCUACGCGGUGCGGGUGGACGCGGUCCACGCCGACGCCUACAGGGUCCUGGGCGGGCUCGGCUCGGAGACCAAACCUGGAGAAGCAGCGGGUGAGGAGGGGGGUGCGGAGGGCGACGUCGCGGCCCCGAAGGCGAAGAAGAAGAGGCCCCCCAAGAAGACGGUGGAGCAGAACCUGAGCAACAUCAACAGCUCCGAGGCGGAGAGGAAGUGUGAGGUGGACCCCAUGUUCCAGCACAUGGCGUCGUCCUUCGACGAGAGCAGCACGGCGGGGGUGUUCCUGUCGGUGCUCUUCAGCGAGGACAGCCGCUGCGAGCUCCUCUUCCCCUCCAGCCUCGUCCUGCUCCGCUCCGGCGCCCCCCCGGCCCGCCCGCCCCCACAGCCCGUCCCCGCCACCCCCUUCACCGGGGGUCUGCGGCAGGUCUCGGAGAAGGCCUCCAUCUGCCCCUCGCUCAAGGACUUCUCCUUCACCAACUGGAAGCCCGAACAGACCAUGAACCAGAUGCUGGAGAAGAUCCAGCAGGGCGAGCACGUGUUCGACCUCAACGCCGAGCCGGAGCCCGAGGACGACGACGACUGCGCCGACCCGGGGCAGGACUUCGACGGGGACUUCGAGGAGGGCGACGGCGGGCCCUCGGAGUUCAGGGAGGGCUGCGCCUCAGCGGGCUCCGGCAAGGGCCGGGACAUCGUCCCCAUCGGGGAGGGGGACGUGGCCACCAUGUGCCUGCAGCUGUCCUCUCAGCCCCGGGAGUACUCGUACUUCAGCCCCCGCACCAUGGCCACCUGGGCGGGGCCCGGCUACUGGCAGUUCAAGCCCAAACACAAGCUCGACCACCUGCCUGAAAGGGAGAAGAGCAAGAGGAAGUGCAAGAAAACCUUUGAGUUGGACUACAACGAGGACGUCAACCUCGAGCCACACUUCCGCAGCACCAGAGCCGCCACCACCAUCAGCAAGUCGGCCCUCCGCUCCAGCAACAAGAAGACCACACUGCCCUCGGACUUCCAGUUUUCCCCGGAGACCCUGUCCCAGCUCAACCUGAAGCCCGCCUGCACGCUGCGGUCGGAGGGACAGAAGCGUCUCUCCGGGGACCUGGGCGAGGGCAUCGGGGACUACGACUACAACAACGCCAACGACACCGCCAACUUCUGCCCCGGCCUCCAGGGCGGCGACAGCGACGACGACGGUGAGGGUUUGGGGGCGGCGGACGACAGCCAGCCCUCGCUGGACGGGGACCCCCAGUCCGCGCCGGACCCCGACGGCCUCGCUACCUACGGAGAGAACGACCUGGUGCCGGAGCCGCACAAGGUGAGCAAGAUUGAGAUCAACUACGCCAAGACAGCCAAGAAGAUGGACAUGAAGAAGUUGAAGAACAGCAUGUGGAGUCUGCUGACCGGCAGCCCGGAGAAGGCCAAGGAGGACUCCCAGCCUGCAGAGACAUCAGAGGUGGCCGGCGAGAAGGCCUUCAGUCAGACCACAAAGAGCUUGUUAGAAAGCCUGCCGAACGCCAUGGCCCAGAAUCUGUCGGUUCCGCUUGCUUUUGUUGCUUUGUUACACUUAGCCAACGAAAAGAAUCUAGAGCUGGUGAAGGUGGAUGACAUGUCUGACAUCAUCAUCAAGCAAGGCCAGUGAGGGAGGAGUUGUAAAGAUAUUCCAUUCUUCUUUGUCUCUUUGUCUUUCCUGUGUUCGUAUCUGAGCCCUUUUUCCCUGGCCAAGGUUUUACUUUCCUCCUCCUUCUAGAAGGAUGGACAACGGAGUCAUGGCCAUUUAACUUUUGAUUAGAAAACAUGAAAUCCUCAUUAAAUUGUUUUUUUUCUGUAUCUUUUGCUGCCCUUUAAAAUGUAUAGACUAUAACUCGACUGGCAGCUUCAUGCUCUCUAAACAUGUACAUUAUGAACUGAAAUAAACCAGUUUUUUC